AUGUGUGAACGGCAAGACAAAAUCACUGUCACACGUAAUAUCCAUUCUUUUAUCCUUCAGAAAAGCCUUUGGAAGACGAUGGACCACCGAACACUGUUGCAGAUUCCACCAGUUAUCAUGGCGAUAUUGAGUGCAAUAUUAAUCCUGAAAAUGUUCCCUUCCAUCUUACUGACACUCCUGGUAAGUAAACCAAACAACGCCUUAUUUGAGAAAAAUUUACCAGCAUCCCACGAGGAUCCCAAUAUUGAUUACCGACAGAUUGGUUCAUAUCGAGUGGAUGAACUCUUCUCCAAAGAUACGUUUUGUUCGCUUGAGAACACGUUUGAAGAUAUUUUAGGUGAACUUCGUUUACGAUUAAACGAAAAGUAUAAAAGCUUCCGGGAUGAGAUACAAACUGCUACGAAAACUAUUGUUUAUCAAGAAAUGAAAAGCGUUCUAUUAACAGCCCAACAACUGCGGGAUCAAGUACUGAGCCUGCGAGAGUUGGUGAAAAACCAGGAGCGAAUGAUUGCAAGGAAGGAUCACGUGAUCGAUGACUUGAUGACAGAUUUGAAACGAGCCAGUCACAUUGCAGAAAAUAACUUAGAAGUUUGCAGAGCCAAACAGGAAAUUCCACCAGUUAUCAUGGCGAUAUUGAGUGCAAUAUUAAUCCUGAAAAUGUUCCCUUCCAUCUUACUGACACUCCUGGUAAGUAAACCAAACAACGCCUUAUUUGAGAAAAAUUUACCAGCAUCCCACGAGGAUCCCAAUAUUGAUUACCGACAGAUUGGUUCAUAUCGAGUGGAUGAACUCUUCUCCAAAGAUACGUUUUGUUCGCUUGAGAACACGUUUGAAGAUAUUUUAGGUGAACUUCGUUUACGAUUAAAC